AUGUUUGCUGGUUGCAAAACUGCUACUGAUGUUUUUCUAAAAUUUAUUCGCCCUAUUGUCGACAAUAUAAUUUUCCAAAGUAAUCUUUACGCAACACAAAAUAACAACAAUUUGAAACUAACUGAAAAAGAACUAUAUGCAUUUUUGGGAAUAAAUUUUUGCAUGGGAUACAAUAAAUUACCAUCAUAUAAGUUAUAUUGGAAUACUAGUGAAGAUUUACAUGUACGUUCGAUUUCCAAAGCCAUGUAUAGGGAUCAAUUUCGAGAAAUAUUAUCAAAUAUUCACGUUAAUGACAAUGCGAAUUUACCUAAUAAUAAUAAAGAUAAAUUAUAUAAAUUACGUCCUAUGAUCGAUACUCUAAACAAAAUUUUUCCCAAAGCAUAUUAUGGAACUCGUGAAUUAAGUGUUGACGAAUCAAUGAUAAAAUUUAAGGGGCGAAGCACAAUUAAGCAGUAUAAUCCCAUGAAGCCCAUCAAACGCGGUUAUAAAUUAUGGUGCAUUGCGGAUCAAAAUGGUUACAUUUUGAAAUAUUCAGUAUACCAAGGCAAAAAUGAAACUUURGAACAAGAAUUCGAUAAGUAUAAUUUGGGCGAAAGAGUAGUACUUAUGUUGACUAAACCUUUUUGGAAACAACAAAGAAUCAUAAUGUUUGAUAAUUAUUUUACAUCAAUUACACUUUAA